CUCAAAAGGAACACUCACAAAAAUUUACAUCCAAAAACAAAGAAACCAAAAAUCCAUGUCAGGCUAUCCACACCAGCCCUCCGGCUACGGCUACGGCCAGCCACCGCCACCAAACCCUUACGGCUCCGCCACUCCCUACGGUGCACCGCCGUCCCAACAACCCCAAGGCUACGCUGCUCCCUACGGCGCUCCACCCCAACAACCCCACUCUCACUCCCCUUACGCUCCCGUCGCCGCCCCCUACGGCUCAGCUCCACCGUCCGCUCCUCCCUACGAUCCUCACAAGCCUCCAAAGGAAAACAAGCCACCUAAAGACUACUCCUCCGGCUCCGGCUACCCUCCCUCUGCUCCUGGUUACGGCAGCCCGUUCGCGUCUCUGGUACCGUCGGCGUUUCCUCCCGGAACCGAUCCGAACGUCGUCGCUUGCUUCAAGAUCGCCGAUCAGGACGGGAGUGGCUUGAUCGACGACAAGGAGUUGCAACGCGCGCUGUCUUCGUACGAUCAGAGCUUCAGCUUGAGGACCGUUCAUCUUCUCAUGAACCACUUCACCAAUUCCAACGCCAAGAAAAUCGGACCUAAGGAAUUCACUUCACUAUUUUACAGUCUACAGAGUUGGAGGGAUAUUUUUGAGAGAUUCGAUAGGGACAGGAGUGGCAGAAUUGAUUUAACUGAAUUGCGAGAGGCACUUUUGAGUCUUGGAUUUGCUGUCUCACCGGUGGUUUUGGAUCUGCUUGUUUCUAAGUUUGACAAAACUGGAGGCAAAAGCAAGGCCAUUGAAUAUGAUAAUUUCAUUGAGUGCUGUCUAACAGUUAAGGGACUAACUGAGAAAUUCAAGGAGAAGGACAGAACGUACUCAGGUUCAGCAACUUUCAAUUAUGAGGAGUUCAUGCUGACUGUUCUGCCGUUUAUUAUUGCAUAGGAUGUUAAUGGUGUGGAUUCGGCUUUAUGUUUUGAUGUAAUUCCUGAUGGCAUGUUUUCAGCAUAGCUGAUGUAGCUGUAUUUGUCAACUUUAUUAUAGUUGUUAUAUGUGUUUUUUUGGAAUACAUAUCCUCUGUGCCAUUUGUUAUGUACCACUCUAUGUUUCUCCAAUUACAACUCGCCAUUUGUUGACAUUAUUUUCCUUGUAAAAUAAUUGAAGAUUAAAAUGGAAAAAAAUCAAUACAUGACAAGUUGUGAUUGGUGGAACAUCAAGUAGUACACAAAAAAUAGUACAGAGGAUUUGUAUUCGUUUUUUUUUUUUUAGUUGUGUAACUCUUUUUAAGGUUUUGUAUCUUGUAAGAUUUUAAAUAUAACAUCUUUGUGCUGAAACUAAGACAUCUUUGUAUUAUAAUUAUCAUUGUCCUUC